AUGGAGGCUGAGAGUACCUGCAUCCAAAUACAUUUGGAUGGAGUAAACAGAUGCUUUGAACUGUCUCCCUUCCUUUCCUUCUUGAAUGUUGCCAGAUCUGCCGGGCCCGCUCUCUCGCACCAACUCCUCGUCCCUCUCUGCUGGUGGCGUCCUCGGGAGCCGGCCGCCUCCCCCAGCCCGCCAGCCCGCAUUCCGGCCGGCCCCACCCCGCCCCCAGGCUGUGUUUGUAAACAGUGGUCAGUGUCCAGGGGCUGCUGGCGCGGGGCUGGGGACUGGGGGGCUAGGAGGGAAGGCAGGGGACGGCUGGGCUGGCGAAGGCCCGGCCGGAGGCCGAGGGGGCCGAGGGGGCGUCGGGGUCCCUUUCCCCCUCGCCUGCCCCCUGGGCGCGGAGCUCGGGCCACCGCACUGACCCAGGGCGGCUCCUCGCUCUCUGGCCUGGGCCACCGCCACCACCAGAAAGAUGUGCGAAUGCCGCCAUCUUGCACGGUGGCAAACAAAUUUCUUUGUGACUUUUUCUUCCCGCCCAGAUCUUGCUCUCCUCUGAAUGAACCAACUCGCUUCCCCGGCCGAAGGGUCUGCACCCCGGUGCGCGCGGCCCCGGCGCCUCCCCCGUGGCCUCCCAGCCCCGCGGCCGCGUGGCCGGGCCCACCCGGAGCAGGGCAGGGGCGCCGGGGCGCGCGGCCGGCCUGGCCCCCUCCCCCGGGCCGGCCCUCGGGGACUGGACCGCCUCCCAUCCCUUGGCGCGCCUUUUGUGUGGCCUGGAGUCAUCUCUCACCCCCGCACACGCACACGCCGCCUGGUCAUUUCCCACCUUCUCGCCCAGGCCGCAGCUCUCUUCCCCAGGCAAAUGGGGCCCAGCUUCUCGCCUUGGGCGGAGGGCUGACCAAGGCCUCCACAAAGCGUGUGCGGAACGCAAGUGGCAAAGAGAUGGGGCUUCACACUGGGCUGGCCGACGGGGCUGCAAACGCCUCCUGGGAAGUGGCUUAG